UGUCUACAACAGGUGACAUUUAUAACUUUUAACGCUCACUGUGAGCCGAACCUCCCCUCAACCCAGCAGGUAUGGAGAGAGGAGUUACAGAGGGAGCAGAUGAAAGUUGGUAUCCUCUCUCGCUUUAUGUUCUGCAGUUUGCUGCAGGCCGGCAACACGAGGGCGCUUCAUCUAAAAAUCUAAAACCUCUUAAAAGAUGCGAUGAAAUAAUCCCAUAACAAUUAUUAUUUUUCUUUGCAAAUCAUCUGAAUGAGCUCAAGAUGGCUGCCUUCUUUUUUUUUGUAACGGGUAAAUAAAAAACUGGAGAGGAAGCGUCACGACUAUGGGGGAACCUCCUUCGGACUGCAGCCCCCUCAUCGGUGCAGCAUCCUCGGGUAAGCUCCGUCUGGUCCGCCUGCUGGUGGAAGGCGGUGCUCAGGUAAACGGGUGCAACCCGAGAGGAGAGACCGCUCUCCUGGCUGCCUGUAAGGCCUUGAGAGGGGAUCCUGCUGGGCCUGAGACUGUAAAGCUCCUCACAUACCUGCUCCAGAACAAGGCAGAUCCAAACGCACAGGACCGGGCUGGACGCACCGCUCUCAUGUACGCCUGCAUGAAGCGAGCAGGAGCUCAGGUGGCGUCCACCCUGCUGGCUGCAGGAGCCGACCCCUGCAUGGAGGACUACUCCGGAGCUUCAGCGCUGGUGUAUGCCGUCAAUGCACAGCACCAGCCGACGCUGAAGGUGUUGAUGGAUGCCUGCAAGGCCAGGGGUCGUGACAUCAUCAUCAUCUCAACUGAGCUGGGUGUGAACGGAGGCCCGGUGACCCGGCAUUACCUGAACGUCCCUCCAUCUCCUGACACCUCACCGGUGCCCUGCAUGUCACCGUCUGACAUCGUCCUGAAGACGAGCUCACCCAACUCGCCUGAGGGAGAGAACGUCUUCAACUUCAGAGGACCUGGAAAAAGAGGAAGCAGCAGCAGCAGCAGCAGCACUUUUCCUCCCUCCAGACUUCCCUCCUCUGAGUUGAGUCCAUUGAGCCAGUGUAGCACUCCGCCGUCGCCGAGGCAGAGACUGUUAUCUGAACCAUGGCUGGCCAUUCACAACCUGGCCUGUCUGAACCAGGCUUACAAGGAGGGCACGAGGGAGAGGAGGCCACAGGAGGGUGGAGACGGAGAGGAUGACAAGGAAGGAGAGGAUGAGGAGCCUCGUUUUCAUCAAUACAGGAUUGAUGGGAGGACAGAGGAGGCCGUUCAAAGGAGGUCUGGAGGAGAGAAUUACAGCAGCUGUCGUGGGGAUUUCCUUCAGAGGGUUUCUCAGUCGCUCCUGUCCCUCACAGAGAUGAGCUCAUCUCAGGUGACCUCGAGAAGACUGAGGUGUUUUACGCCUGGAGCUUCAGCUUCGGACAAAAUGACCCAAAAAAACGAUGAGGUUCCCGCCUGUGCGCCUCCUCACUCCCACCUCCGCAGGAACACCCUCCCCUCCGUCAUGGUGUUUCCUCCUCUCCUUCACCUCCCCCCUUUAGUCAACCGAUCGAACUCCCACCUCCGGAUACCAACCCAGGUUUCACCUUCCAAAAGCAGGAGCAUGGUGUUUCUGCCUCACCCGCCCAGCACCUCUCCACCCUCCUCUUCACCCAGAGCAUCUGCGAGACCGACAGCGCUCCCUCGGCUGACGCUCGCCUCCUCUGUCACCUCCUUGGUUGGUUCUCCCGCAUCCUGCUGCAGUGAGAGGAGCAGGAGGUCACUGCGCCGCCACUCGGUGCAGCUUGAACAGAUCGGACGAGGAAACAUUUAAGCACCUUCAUCCCUUCAUCAUGUGCUUCUCUGAUCAAUCGUCACACAAACUUUACAUUGUUCAAAAGCUGUGAUGAACGUUGGUUGUUUUGUAACAGAAGUGCAAAA